CAACAUACCUACCCUUUUUAGACGCCGGUCGUCCACCACUUGCAAUGUCUCGAGCUGGCCUCGUUUCUCUUGUUCUCUUCUUCCUUUGUAUCACCCUCGCGGCAUCGGCACCUCUUCCAGAAUAUUCCUCAAGCGACGUUGAAAGCUUCGUUGCCCGCUCUGAUGAUUACGAUCGUGAUCUGCUUACACGAUCCCUGGAUUUCGACGCCCCCGAAAUCCGAGAACUUUCUUUCCUCAGAGAGCGAGACUUCGACAUAGGGGAUGGCACCUACUACAAGCGCGAAUUUGUCACCUCUGAUACUGCUCCGCUUUACCGCCGCUCGAAAGUUACUCAAAAAAUCAACGCGGCAUUCCACAAAGCUGGUGCAGCUAUCAAGCACGGCUUCCAGAAAGCUGGUACAGCGAUUAAGCAAGGCGUCCAGAAAGCUGUCAAGAAAGUGGGCACAUUCGUCAAGAACACUGGGGCCAAGAUCGCCAAAUUCGGGCUGAAAGUUGUUUCUGCCGCGGCGGGUGUUCUUAGUACUGUUUCCAGGUUUAUUCCCGCCGUCGGGCCAGGACUAUCGGCGGCCUUCAAAGGUGCAUCGGCUGCUGCUGAUGCAGGCUCCAACGCGAUCCAUGCAAACCUUGGGAAGAAGCUUAAUAACGGAAUGAAAGCGCUGAACAUCAUCAAGGACCCUAUCGGUGCUGGUAUCAGUGCUGCAGCAAAGAAGGCAAAGCACAAGUAAACCAAGAAAUAGCACGUUCUAGCCAUGUAACAUUCUCGUCCCCCAUAAUGACUUUGGUAGCGUGCUUCACGUUUCUGGAGGAAAUGCGACUUCGAUGAU